GUGAUGGAAGGGUGGCUCUACGUUACGAGUAUUCCAGGAGGAGGCGGGCAAAAGCAGAGAGACAGUUGGGAGGAUAUAAAAGGAUCAGAUGAGACAACAGGUGCACUUUACAGGUGAUGUACAACUCCAACCUCACGUCCAGUUACGGUAUUUUCCACUUUUCUGUUGUGAUACACUAAGUCGUCUUAUUCACUGGAAGUGCACUGAGAUGUUGGCAACUCUUGAAAACAUUCAAUACUUUCAAGAUCUGGGCCCUAGAGAACCAUCGUCUGGGAACCUUGACCUGGACAUGAUAGAGGAGUACCUGCAGGAGCACUCGGUGGAAGUGAUGUCAGCACCACGUGUGCAGAGGAGAGAUCAAGAGGAACAUGGCACAGUGGAGAACAGCUGGUCUGGACAUUAUACAUAUGAAUGGCAUUAUGGUGGAGUACCAGGAACAGAUGAGACGCAUGAAGAACAACAGUCUCAGCAGCAGCAGACAUGGCUCUGUCAGUCCAGUCACAAUGAGUGGGGACACUUCCAGUAUGAAAGAAACCAGUACAGUGACUCAGAUUCGCUGUCCACCAGUUCUGGUUGCCAAGAAUUCCCACCAUCACCGACCUCUGACAUGAAGGGUAACAUUGCGUAUGACUCCCUGGCUCUAGCGCCGCUCUCAGGCAAAAGGAAAGAGCGGCUGUUUCAGUUCUUGUACGAGAUGCUACAGACACCAGACAUGCGGAGCUGCAUUUGGUGGGUUCAGUCUAACAAUGGAACGUUCCAGUUCUCGUCCCAGAACAAGGAAAGGCUGGCUGAGAUGUGGGGCAGACGCAAGGGUAACCGGAAAACCAUGACGUACCAGAAAAUGGCCCGCGCCCUACGAAACUAUUCGCGAACGGGAGAGAUCUGCAAAGUGAAGCGUAAACUCACUUAUCAGUUCACAGAGAGAACACUGAGAGGCCUUCAGAACAACUCGCAAAGAUUCAUGGGUAGUUAAUGUGGCUCAACCACCAAGAAUUUCUCCUAACUGGAAAAGUGUAAACAAAUACUGAGUAUUUUACAGAAAAUGGUAAUGUUCAUAAUAUAAUAUGGGCAUAAUACACUGAUUUUCGAAUAUAGUUUGGCUUAAUUAAGGCUCAAUUGAACGUGGGAAUUGUAUGAACAAUAAUAUGGAAUAACAUGAAAUUCUAAGAAGUUGAAAUUGAUCUUUGAAUUAUAUAAAUCUGAGGAUUGUUAACAUUAAACUACGUUAUAUGUAGUUAUGAAUCCGUUUUGCUUGUUGCCCAUUUUUGUGCUCAUUUCAAUGGCUUUGUAACAACAUUAAAAUGACAUCUGAUGUGCCUGAAUAAAUUAUUUUAACAUGUAAA